AUGGCACAGACGAUCCCCGGAGGACAUAACCUCGGAGAAAAACUCUUCCUUAAUGGCAGGGGCAAGAUGCCCUCCUUUCCCUUCGGCCCGGACAGCGGGGCUCCAAAAUGGUUCCUGGGCUCGGCUCGGGGGAUCUGGGAUGUCCCGUCCCCUAUCCCUGCCCUUCCGCAGAGCCUCCUCUCCCUGUUCCUUGGGGUGCGGGAGCGUUCCCGGGCAGCACCUGGCAUUAGGGAUUAUUUGUGUGCGUUUAAAAAGCGAGAGAAACCGCUCGGUUUGGUGGCCGGGGUGGGGGUCUGGAGAGAGCGGGACCACGGGCCAGAGGCCUCCCCGGUGUGCGUCUCUACCCCUCUAGGCCAGGGCAGAGUCAAUCAGCUCGGAGGAGUGUUUAUCAAUGGCAGGCCUUUACCCAACCAUAUCCGGCACAAGAUAGUGGAGAUGGCCCACCAUGGCAUAAGGCCCUGUGUCAUCUCCCGCCAGCUGCGAGUGUCCCACGGCUGCGUCUCCAAAAUUCUCUGCAGGUACCAGGAGACGGGCUCCAUCCGGCCGGGGGCCAUCGGCGGCAGCAAGCCCAAGGUGACGACUCCGGAUGUUGAGAAGAAAAUCGAGGAAUACAAGCGGGAAAACGCGGGCAAUGUUCAGCUGGGAGAUCCGGAGACAAGCUGCCUGACGGACGGGGUGUGUGACCGCAACAGCUCUGCACUCCCUCCCGAAGUGAGCUCCAUCAGCCGCAUCCUGCGGAGUAAGUUCGGGAAAGGCGAGGAAGAGGAGGCUGAACUGGAAAGGAAGGAGGUGGAGGACGGAGACAAGAAGGCCAAGCACAGCAUUGAUGGCAUCCUCAGUGAAAGAGCACCAGCACCCCAGUCUGAUGAAGGUUCUGACAUCGAUUCUGAACCAGAUUUACCUUUGAAAAGAAAGCAGCGUCGCAGCAGGACGACCUUCACAGCAGAACAACUAGAAGAGCUGGAAAGAGCUUUUGAGAGGACACAUUACCCUGAUAUUUAUACUAGGGAAGAACUUGCACAAAGAGCCAAACUCACAGAGGCUCGUGUCCAGGUCUGGUUUAGUAACCGUCGUGCCAGAUGGAGGAAACAGGCAGGAGCCAAUCAACUGAUGGCUUUCAACCACCUGAUCCCUGGAGGAUUUCCACCCAGUGCCAUGCCAACUUUGCCGACGUACCAGCUCUCUGAGCCCUCUUACCAACCCACCUCCAUACCGCAAGCUGUGUCUGAUCCAAGCAGUACCGUCCAUAGACCUCAGCCUCUCCCUCCAAGCACUGUACACCAAAGCAGCCUCCCUUCGAAUCCAGAGAGCAGCUCUGCCUAUUGCCUACCCAGCACCAGGCAUGGAUUUUCCAGCUAUACAGACAGCUUUGUGCCUCCGUCCGGGCCCUCAAAUCCCAUGAACCCUGCCAUUGGCAAUGGCCUCUCACCUCAGGUAAUGGGACUCUUGACUAACCAUGGUGGUGUGCCUCACCAGCCCCAAACUGAUUAUGCCCUGUCUCCUUUAACCGGGGGCCUGGAGCCCACCACCACUGUCUCAGCCAGCUGCAGCCAGCGGCUGGAUCACAUGAAGAGCUUAGACAGCCUGCCUACAUCCCAGUCCUACUGCCCGCCCACCUACAGCACCACGGGUUACAGCAUGGACCCCGUCACGGGAUACCAGUACGGACAGUACGGACAAAGUGCCUUUCAUUAUCUGAAGCCAGAUAUUGCAUAAAUGAACUGUCCACUUCAAGUUAAAACUGGUCUUGUUUUCCGGUCUCACUCCAAGGCUUGGAUAAGAGGGAUCUUCUCAACACUCUGCAGCCUAAACUGGGGCAGUCCCAUUGAGAGAAGCAGGCUUGUUAUGUUCUCUCCAGUCAUAGCUUUUAGUAGACUUUUGAAGGUUGGACAAAGCUAUACAGAAGACAAAGGCCAAAAGCAAUAAUGAAUAAAUGUGACAUGCUUCAUUAUGAGUGGGUAUACAGAACAGAGCAUAUUGAACAUCACUGCCUGGCAAACAUUCCAUUUUUUUGUUGCUGUUGAAAUUAAUGGACAUUGAUUGGGACAAAUAGAACAUUUUGAAACUAAACUUGGAGCGGCUGAGCUCUGCAUACUCUGACUCAUCUGACAUCCAGUGCUGACUUUAGUCUAACUUUAAAACUGCUCAGUUUCUGAAGCAAGGUCAGGAGGACCUCUUUCAUUUUACACACUGGAAAUUGUCAUCAAGAGGAAACAUCACAGUCCAUAAGGAAGCUAGGAUAAAUGCAAAAGACUUCCAGAGCAACUUAUUGGUUACCUUACCAUGUUUCUGUAAUCACAUUGUCAAUAAAUGUCACUCAUGAGUUUUGCUUUACUGAGAGAUGAGAUCUUGUGUAACAUGAAAAACAGAUUUCACCUUUUUGUAUGUGGAGUUUUCCCAGUCCGUUGUACCUUUUUGGUCAAACGUGGGAGGAAAAAAAACCCACCAGCAACGCGACUGAUUUUUCACAACUGCCUAGCAAUGUGCAAUACUGUGUACCUCACACAAACUUUGGGAUCAUCCAAAGUCAUAGAGAUAGAAUCAGAACUAUAUUUUUGCAGGUACUUUUAUUUUUGCAGUGCAUAAUUCCUGAUGAUAAAAUACAGAGAUGUUGCAGUCUGCUGGAUUACUGAAAUCCAGCUUGCUAAUCAUGAUUUAAAGGUCAUCUUCAGGAAACAAUACGAAGAAAUGAUUACGUUUACAUUUUUUUUAGUGAUAUACAGGACAUAGACAGAGAUGGGCCUGUAUUUGACACAUUUGUUUAAAUUAUACAGCGAUAUCCAAUAUAGAAAGUAUAAUUAUAGGAACCAAGGUUUACAACAAGUUUGCAUUGUGACAUUUUAGAAUGUCAAUAAAUUUGUGUUUUGUGAUGUUGAGAGGAAGAGGACGAUGGAAGGUGGGAUUAUUUAUUUCUCUCUAUUCUUGUAAAAAGAGGGAGGCAGAACACAAAUACAUUCCUUUUAGUGUUAAGGACUAUGAAGUAGUGAGUUAGACUAGGUUCAGUACAGAGGUUAGUUCACACAUUGGUCUUAAGGGUGAUGGAAAAAUGAAAUAUUAUCUUUGUGUUGCAGCCUCUACAACAACACAUGUUGUAAAAAAAAAACCACAAAAAAUAAAAUAAAAAAAGAAUACAAAAAGCAAAUGUCUUUCAUGUAAAAAGUUCAGUAAAUAUUUACUAUUUAUAAUGAAUAAACAUUAUGAAGACUUGCAAAGCACUGAUGAUUUUGUCCUAAAAUGUAGUAUUGUGCUAAAUACAUUGAUAC